AUGGGUGAUCUCCAAGGUCGCAAGGUCUUCAAGGUUUUCAACCAAGACUUCAUCGUCGACGAACGAUAUACCGUCACUAAAGAACUUGGCCAGGGCGCCUACGGCAUUGUCUGCGCUGCUGUAAACAACCAGACAAACGAGGGCGUCGCCAUCAAGAAGGUCACCAAUGUCUUCAGCAAGAAGAUUCUCGCCAAGCGCGCCUUGCGCGAGAUCAAGCUCCUCCAGCACUUUAGGGGACACCGAAACAUUACCUGUCUUUACGACAUGGAUAUUCCCCGUCCCGACAACUUUAACGAGACCUAUCUCUAUGAAGAGCUGAUGGAGUGCGAUCUUGCCGCCAUCAUCAGGUCCGGCCAGCCCCUUACCGACGCCCACUUCCAGUCCUUCAUCUACCAGAUUCUUUGCGGUCUCAAGUACAUCCACUCGGCCAACGUGCUUCACCGCGAUCUCAAGCCCGGCAACCUUCUCGUGAAUGCCGACUGCGAGCUCAAGAUUUGCGAUUUCGGCCUGGCCCGUGGCUUCUCUAUCGACCCCGAGGAGAACGCCGGUUACAUGACGGAGUAUGUCGCUACCAGGUGGUACCGUGCCCCCGAAAUCAUGUUGAGCUUCCAAAACUAUACCAAAGCGAUUGACGUGUGGUCGGUUGGCUGCAUUCUCGCCGAGCUUCUCGGCGGACGUCCUUUCUUCAAGGGUCGAGACUACGUCGACCAGCUCAACCAGAUCCUCCACAUCCUUGGUACUCCCAACGAGGAGACUCUCUCGCGGAUAGGAUCCUCCAGGGCCCAGGAAUACGUAAGGAACCUUCCUUAUAUGCCCAAGAAGCCCUUCCCUUCGCUCUUCCCCAACGCCAACCCCGACGCCCUCGACCUCCUCGACAAGAUGCUUGCCUUCGACCCCGCAUCCCGCAUCAGCGUAGAGCAGGCCCUCGAACACCCCUACCUUCAAAUUUGGCACGAUGCCUCGGACGAGCCCGAGUGCCCCACCACUUUCAACUUCGACUUCGAGGUGGUCGAGGACGUGGGAGAGAUGCGCAAGAUGAUCCUCGACGAGGUCUACAGGUUCCGCCAGCUCGUCAGGCAAGUCCCUGGAGCUCAAGGUGGCGCCCAGGGCUUGGGUCAGCCCGGCGCUGGCCAGGUUCCCAUGCCUCACCAAAGCGGCGGCCAGUGGAAGGCAGAUGACCCUAGGCCGCACGAGUACGGCGGUGGCCACGCCCACGAUCUCGAGGCCGAGCUUGCUGCCGGUAUUGAUAUGAGGCGAUGA